GCUUUAUCAUGCAGCCAUCAAAAGCUGGGCUCAUGACUUUCUAGAAAGACUUUGACCUCGGCAAGUGGUGCUCGUGUAUUCAUUCUUGGUUUGUUCGAUCAGGUCCUCGAAAGACAGGUCGCUCUGCCCUCAUUCGAGCCUGAUCUUUCUCGGCCGCCAACAGCGGCUGCUAGAUCUGUUCCGCUCGGCUCAAGCCCACGACGGCCCCACUACCACCCUUGCUCGCCGCCACUCCUGCGAAAGCAGGGCGAAAGCGCCUACCACUCUCAACAUGGCACCAAAGAAGACCAAUUAUCCGCGACCCGCACGCUCGAUGGAUCAUGCAGCAGGUUCCUUGACACUCAAGAGACACACGAGCUGCUCGUCAUGCAGCUGUCCCGGCCAACAUCCUGCGUCAAACUCCAGCGUUGUACUCCACGACGGGCACAGCGCAGGGUCGAAUUGGCAAUGGGAGUGCGAGUGUGAACACGAAGGCGUAGAAGGCCACGAGCGGGAUGAGGAUCAGGAGGAGCGCCAGCGAAGGCUUAGAGUGGCAAAGCGCAUAGACGAGCUUUUGCAGGACGAAGGCAAGCUGCAAGACUUCGGCUUUGUCAACGAGGACGUCAAAAGCUUGCGAAAACAAAUGCUACCUGCAUCAGGCAGACACCCUGAGCGGAGCGUCGAGUCUCCUCGCCCUUCGCACCUUGGUGAGCGAAAAAGGGGCAGGGACGUUAGUGCCUCGCAGAGCCCUGCUCCUGGAAGCAGCCGCAGCAGCGCAGCAGGACGCGAGUCCCACCUACAAAAGAAGCGAAAGACGCUGAUUGAUCGGGGCCAAGGUGUGGAUAGCGCGAUAUCUUCUCGUGCUUCUUCUCUCGGUCCUCUCACGCCUUCAGCGGAUGACGAAGGCUCAGCCACAGGGCCUCGAAUAGCAGGCACGGGUGAAAUCGGCUCAUCUGACGAAGCCUCGACAGCGCCGGAGGCCAUCGUCGCGGAAGGUGAAGGUCAUGGAAAGCGCCCAGCUCGCAGCCAGAAAGGGCUACCGGAGGCCACUGAAGGAGCCGCAAAUCCGAUCAGCAUCGAAGUGACAGAGCAACCCAAACCAAGUCGCGAUGAGAUCGAUCGGGGCGCCGACUUGGACGCAGCGGUCAAAGGCUCUAGCAUCGACGCUGGCUGGCUUGAUGAGCCCGAGGCGCCGCGUAAAGAGAGACCGGCGGUGAUCGAAGAGCGCGCUGGGCUCAUCCAAUUCAGAGUGGUGGAGAAUGACGGGCGCCCUGAGAGCAUGAUCAUUCUUACUGGGCUCAAGAACAUCUUUCAGCGACAACUGCCGAAGAUGCCUCGCGAGUACAUCACCCGCUUAGUUCUCGACCGGAACCACCGAAGCAUGGCCAUCGUCAAGAGAGGCUUGCAGGUGGUCGGUGGGAUUACAUAUAGGCCUUUUGAGCAGAAGCGCUUUGCCGAAAUCGUCUUUUGUGCCAUCUCUAGCACUGAACAAGUGAAGGGAUACGGCAACCACUUGAUGAAUCACGUCAAGGACUAUGUCAAGGACUCGAGCGAAGUGAUGCACUUCCUCACGUAUGCCGAUAACUACGCCAUCGGGUACUUCAAGAAGCAGGGCUUCACCAAAGAGAUCACUUUGCCAAGAUCUCAGUGGGUCGGCUACAUCAAAGAUUACGAAGGCGGCACAUUGAUGCAGUGCAGCAUGGUACCUCGAGUGCGCUAUCUUGGCGUCACGGAUCUGCUGGCUCAGCAGCGACGAAUGAUCCUUCAAAAGAUCCGUCAGAUCAGCAGAAGCCAUAUCGUGCACAAAGGCCUGGACGUCUUUCGAAAGAAACACGACGAAGAUCUCUCCAAGCGCGAGGCCGAAGAGUCUAGCGAGGAUGAAGAUGUGCCACUGGCGAACAGCAAUCAUGCGUCGACCUCAUCACCGAGCGCGUCGAGCAAGAGGAAGAAAUUUGCGGUGGACCCCGCUGAAGUGCCUGGCCUCAAGGAGAGCGCCUGGACACCCGAAAUGGACGAAAUAUCUCGACGACCCAAACGCGGACCUCAUCACGCCCUCAUGCGCCACGUGUUGGUCGAGCUGAACAAUCACCAUGCGGCUUGGCCUUUCACUGCACCGGUAGAUGCAGCUAGUGUUCACGACUAUUAUUCAGUCAUCAAGCAGCCGAUGGAUCUGAGCACGAUGGAGACGAAGCUGGAGAACAAUGCGUACGCGACGGUGGAGGAUUUGACAGCAGAUUUCAGGCUUGUUGCUGCCAAUUGCCGUCAAUACAAUGGCCCAAGCAAUUCAUAUACCAAGCUGGUCAACACCCUCGAGAAACACUUUGAUCGAGAAAUAGGAGGUUGGAAACAAAGCUACGGUGUCUUGUGAUUUGCUUCUACGAAACAUCUCGGUCCCGUCCGCGAUACACGAUUCAAGUUUCAGUUGUUGUACAAAGUAACGCUUCGACCAAUACGAUUGCGUACUUAGAAUCACAAAUCACAACAAAAUCAUGCGGUUGCUCCUCCG